AUGGUCGUUCUCGACAAACUUCCAGGCCUAGAAGUCGCUGUUCGAGUGAAUGGAGUCCAAGUCCAGGAGUAUGAUGACGAUGAGGAUGUGGAAAUUGGGCCGGGACCGAGCGGCGAACAUCAAGCGUCGAGAACAGUCUCCAAGUAUAUUGAAGCCAUCGAUGGGGCCGAGUUCAGCAUCAUUUGCACUUUGUUACCCAAACUCAAAUUCAACGCGCCAAAUCUCCGAGCACGUGUAUCCGUCGAUGGCAAUUAUGCCCAAGGGAGAAUUAUCACACCCGAAGACAUAGGAAGAUCUCCAUGUAAAUUUGAAGGCCCAAUCAAUUUCCAUCCUAUCGGAAACCGUUCGACGUUACAAAGAUACAGGUUUUCUGAGCUCCGCAUAUCAAGCGAGGAAGGUCGACUCUCAAGCCUAAAAAAGGAUAAAGUCGAAGCUGAGAAGGUUGGCGCGAUUGAGAUCAGAAUCUGGCGCGCCUCCAAAACAGUACCAGUGCAGCCUGUUCAUCCCCAGACCGUCCACUCGAGCUCCAAUACGUUUCAUGAAAAGGCGCUCAAAGGUCAAGCAAAAUCACACAAUGUCUCGUAUUCCCCCGAGACUACUAUCCCUGCACCUAGAUACGUAAAUGCCAUAAACCUCGACGGCGAAGAUUAUCCCAUAGCUAUUUAUAAGUUUAAAUAUCGGUCUAAAGAAUGUCUCAAGCAAUUGAUGAUCAUUGAGCGGAGCCCCGAACCAGAAGAUAGCCCAACACCAGGUCCAGAGCCUGAUAUCGAUCUCGAUAAUUUGACCGCUGGUCAAAAGGAGCGCCUCAAGGCAUUUCUACGUAACGAAGGGAUUGCUGCGGGUCGCGCGUCUAAUACCCCCGAGCGAAAAAUCAAGCGCGAGCGGGAUAACGGUGAAGGCAGCUCAAACCAAGCACGAAGAAAGAAAUGCACUACAGUGGUCGUUGAUCUUACUGCAGAUUCUGACGAAGAUGCGUAA